AUGGGCGCAAACUUUGCUAAACUUCCACCUGGGGGACCAUUCUGCUUUCGAAUUCAGGGACAAAUUUAUCAUAGGACAGGUACACUUUACCCUGAAGAAGGAGAAGAAAGACAAUACGCUCAAUUGUACGUUCUGGAUCCGGCAGAAGCAACCGAAGAAAGGUUGAAUCAUCCAGCCAAUGCUGGAUGCGAUCCUGACUUGAUGCGCCGCAUAGCAGUGAUCAUGCAAGAAGUUAACGAGUUUGUGAAAUCUUACAGGAUGCUACAUGAAAUAGUAGAAGAAAGUGGUUUUGAUGAUACUAUAAUAAUGGCAAUCAAAAAUGAUAGACAGGCUGACCCGCGAAGAUAUAAUGAACCAAGGGUAUCAGAAGUUGCAAUUGUGUUUAACAAUUCUGAUGGAGAACCGCCAUUCAAUAGGGAUAUUUUAAUUCAUCCCAGGUACAAUCCACAUUAUCCGAAUGCAAGCAAGCUCAAACGGAUUACAAUACUGGAUCCGAAUUUAGAUGCACUCACAUACCCAUUAUUAUUUCCAUCAGGCGAACAAGGAUGGGGGGUAGAUCUUCAAAGACAAGGUGGGAAUAGAAGGACUCGAAUGUCCCAAAUGGAAUAUUAUAAACAUCGAUUGUCCGUUCGUGCAGAAUUUAAUCCUAUUUUGCAUGCCGGUAAGCUCACCCAGCAAUACAUUGUAGAUUCCUAUGUGAAAAUGGAAGCAAAUAGACUCAAUUAUUUACGAACGAACCAGCCUAAACUAAGAGUUGACCAAUACAGUGGAUUCGUUGACCAUAUUCAUGGCGAUGUCGAUGAAGCCAAUGGGCAACCUGGAAAAUCUGUUUUACUUCCAUCAACUUUUGAAGGGAGUCCUCGGAAUUAUCAGCAACGGUACCAAGAUGCAAUGGCAAUAGUCACAAAAUUCGGGAAACCCGAUUUUUUCGUAACAAUGACCUGUAAUCCAAAGUGGCCGGAAAUUGUUAAUAAUAUUGAGUCGUGGGAAAGGCCUGAAGAUAGACCAGAUAUUGUAUCGCGAAUAUUUAAUCUCAAAAAGAACGCUCUUUUGAAAGAUCUUGAAGAGGGUCUGUUUGGAAAAGUCGCACCUGAGUCUAAAUUAACAAGUGAAUUUGAUAUAGACAAGUUUGUCAGUGCAGAAAUUCCAUCUGUUGAAUAUCCUAUUCUUCGCGAGAGAGUGCUGAAACAUAUGGUCCACGGACCGUGUGGUAUUGAAAAUAACAGAAGUCCAUGUAUGGAAAAUAACAAAUGUACAAAGAAAUUUCCAAAACAGUUCCAAGAAACAACCAUUGGCAACGUAAAUGGCUAUCCUCUUUAUCGUCGUCAAGAAGGGUCGAAUGCCGACGUGAACGGGAAGAUGAUAAAUAAUCAAUGGAUAGUUCCUCAUAAUCCUUAUUUGUUGUUGAAAUACAACUGUCACAUUAAUGUUGAAGUAUGCGCUUCAAUUAAAAGUGUGAAAUAUCUUUUCAAAUAUGUCUAUAAAGGUCACGAUGCGGCUCAAGUAAAUGUUAGCCAAAGAGACGAAAUUUUAGAUUUCGUUGAUGGACGUUAUGUAAGUGCACCAGAAGCCGUGUGGAGACUGUUCGGCUUUCCGAUGCACCGACAGUCACACUCUGUGCUAAGGUUGGAUGUGCAUUUAGAAAACCAAAACUCCGUAUAUUUUGAUCCAGAAACCGUUCAAAGGGACCCAGUUGCUGCGCUGGAAAAUGCAGACAGAAAAGUAUCCACACUACAAGCGUGGUUUAAUCUAAACGAGAGUGACCCUGAAGCAAGGACUCUCCAUUAUUGGGAAAUACCCGAUAAAUAUUGGUUUGACAAGAAUAAAUUGGACGCCAAUAAUAAAAAACUGCCAUACCAGUGGGUAAAAAGAGUGCGGAACACACAUAACACAAUUGGAAGAAUGUAUAAUGUAUCGAUAAGUGAUUCAGAACGGUAUUAUCUAAGAAUUCUGCUACUCCAUGUGAAAGGAGCCACAAAGUUUUCAGAUUUGCUGACCGUAGAUGGCAUUCAAUGUGAAACAUUCAGAGAAUCCGCAAGAUUACGCGGUUAUUUGAUCGACGACAGAAUCUGGGAAAUGACUCUGGAAGAUGCAAUCGUUUUCCAAAUGCCGUUUCACUUGAGACAGCUAUUUGCUUAUAUAUGCCUAUUCUGCUCUCCAACUGAGCCAGAAAAACUAUGGAACAAGUUUAGCAAAGAAUUCAUGGAAGACAUUUGUCACAAACGUCAUCCUGAGACAGAAGAAUGUCUAUACUGUGAGCAAUAUGCUCUAAAGGAUGUACAAAAUGUCUUUUUAACCCAUGGAAAACCAUGGUCACAUAUUAAAUUACCAUUCCCAUCAACAGAUUUUGGGUCAAAUGAAACAGAAUACGAUCUUCAACAAGAAACGGAUAUAGGGAGGCAAAUGCAAUCGACAUUAAAUGACCAACAGCGGGAGGCAUUUGAUGCUAUAAUGAAAGCUGUCAAUGACAACAGCAUUUCCGAAAAGUGUUUCUUCUUAGAUGGACCAGGCGGAACAGGAAAAACUUAUUUGUAUAAUACGUUGAUGCAUGUCAUUCGUGGAAAUGGUGGAGUUGUACUCCCUGUUGCAACAACAGGAGUUGCGGCAAAUUUGCUAAUCGGGGGAAAAACUAUGCACUCGCAAUACGGACUUCCAAUUGAGUUAAAUGAGAGCUCAGUAUCAAGAAUUACAGCAAAAUCUGAUGCAGGUAAAGAAAUUAUAACCGCAAAAUUGUUACUUAUUGAUGAAAAAAAUGGAAAUAAUCUACCUCUACCGCCACCAACACCACUAUCAACCAUCAAUCAAACAACAACCAUAAGAUUGGUUACCGUUCUAAAUUCUUCAAUAGAGGAAAAAACAACAACCCCAAUCAACAAAUCAAUCUGA